GCAGAACUCCCAGAGCUCAACGAGGAGCGAGUGGAGACGGACUGAGAUCAGACAGGACAACCCGGCGGACAGAGGAACCGUAGAACCCAGCAGAACCUCUAACACAGCGGCAGAGGAAGAAGGAGACCCGAGACCUGUAGAACCAUCUGGAGGAACCUCAGCAGAAACAAAGAGUGAAACUCACUGUGGAGGACAGAAAGGUUCUUCCCUCCCUGUCCCCCCUCCCCCAGCUCCAUCAUGCCCAUCCUCAAAAACCUCCCAGUGCGCCUGAAAGGCGGCGGUCCGACUCUAGAGAACGCUUUGAUCCUGCGCAGGAUGAGCCUCAACAUCACCCCCCACCACCACCAUCACAACCCCUUCGGCGACAACGACGACGACAGCAUCCACAGCAACGGCGGCCAUGGCAACCACUGGUCACCCGGCAGCUCGCUCCUCGACGGGGACGGGCCGAGGGACCGCAACCCGUUCGAGGAUGAGGAGGAUGAGAACGAGGCCAACGAGGGGAAGAAGGGGAGCGGAGGUGGAGGCGGAGGUUCGGGGAAGGGAUUUAAGUUCAAGUCCCCGCUGAAGACUCUGGGAAAGCUGGGGAAGAAUCUGAGAUUAUCGGGGAGGAGCAAAGGAAGCGAAACACCCUCCCCACAGGGGUCGCUGCAGGGAACGCCUUCACCUGCAGAGAAGAAGAAGAGGGGGAGGAGGAGCUCUGAAGGAAGUUUGUUGAGGUUUGCGGGGAAAUAUCGCGACACCCUCGGCUCCCGUAAGGAGACUUUCACAAACGGCGAGCUAAACUGUUCGGAGAGCGAGUGCGACUCCACCAGCCGCCGUCUGUCCUUCAUGAAGAUGGUUGGCCUGGGGAAGCUAAAGAGGGAGUCCAUGAAUGACCACUCGUCCCAGGGACCCGAGGAGCAGCCGGUGAAGGAGGAGGUGGUGGAGGAGGUCAAACCCAGAGAGCCGCUGUCAGUCCUGGAGAUCCUGCAGCUGGUGAAGAAGCGGGACCUCCUCCUGGCCGACACUCACAUCCUGGAGCUGGAGCAGGAGUGUAACGAGUCCGCCGAGCCGGAGGACGCCGCCAGCCCGAGUGUCAAAGACGGCGGUCGCAGGAAGGCGAAGGACGUGGAGCUGCUGUAUGAGGAGCUGCAGAAGGAGCUGUGGUCCGUGGUCAGGGAGUCUCUGCGGUCCCCGACGGCCGGGCCGAACCUGGGCCUGGUGGUUCAGGUGCUGCAGCAGGAGGAGCAGACUGAUAAGGACUGGGCCCUCAGUGAGGCUGCGGCCCCCGGGGGCCCGAGGCCUCGCCGUCUGAAGCAGAGGUGGAAGGAGGCGGUGGAGGAGGCGGCCGACGGCUCUCUGCCUCAGAAGGCGGAGUUCACCGAGGGAGAGCUGGACAAAUACCUGGACCGCCUCCGAGCCCGGGUGGUGGAGGACCUGGAGGCCGCCAAGAGGAACGUGGUGUCCAUUUACCCCGAAGAGUACCAGCCCUUCCAGGUGUACGUGCAGAGCUACCACCAGGCGGUUGCUAGGCGACUGCAGGCCAUCACCGGCACCUCGCUGGAAAUCACUGACAUCUACUCCCUGCUGGACUGGCUGCACAAUAUUUACAACAGAGACGUUCUGGGGACGGUGUGUAUCACGAGUCCGUUCUGCCGCUCUGAGCUCAGUCCUCUGCUGGCCUCGGAGACCGUGGACCGACUGGAGCUGGACUGCCUCAACUCUGUCAGGGCUAAAGUGACCACAGAGUUGAGUCAGGUCCUGGACGAAGAGGAGAAACGAUGGAUGGAGUCGCUGCACAUCGAGGAGUAUCAGAUCACUCUCGCCAAGACCGUCAUACAGAGGCUGCAGGUCGAUCUGGAGCGUUCUGCCUCCAUCAACAACAGUUUGGGCUCCAGAGUGGCCCAAUGCAGCCUGAACGGCCUGGCAGACUUCCUGUACAGUUUCCAGCGUAAAGUUGAGAUGUUUCAUGAAGGGAUGCAGAGCGGCAUGUUCGGAGACAACGAGGACGGAUACGUCUCCAAAACCAUCGCGCUGGUCAACUGCUGCCCUCCGUUCAGGGGGUUUGUGCAGCGCUGUGCUCAGUGUGAUCCGUCGGUCAGCGAGGACUCUCUGCGUCGAGCCAACAAAGCUCUGGAUCACAUCGUCCAGCAGGGAGUCAGAGUGCUGUCUGAACGCCUCUACCUGCACAUCAGGCCAUUCUUUGAGCGGCUGGUGAAGAGGAAGUGGUUGAGCAACACGGAGCCGUACGAACAGAUCGAAGCUUUAAUCAAAGAACACUUCAAGAAAUAUCACAGGAUGGACAGUCCACCAUACCAGCUGCUGGCGGCGGAGGUCCACCGGCGGGUGGUGAUGGAGUAUCUUCGCUCCGUCAUGCGAGGCAGAAUCAUCUGCACCUCGAUGAAGAUGAGGAAGAGGAUGGCGGGUCGGCUCAGAGACGAAGGCAAACAGAUCAAAGUCCUCUUCAAAGAUCUGGAGUCUCCGUCCAGCUGGUUGGACAGCGCUCUGUCUCAUAUCUCGGAGAUCAUCCAGCUGGAGGACGUCCCCUCCAUCCAGAUGGAGGUGGGAGUUCUGGUCAGAGAGUUUCCAGACGUCAGGAAGAAGCACGUGUCGGCCAUUCUGAACAUCCGGGGGAUGACUCGGCAGGCGGAGCGGCAAGAGAUCCUCAACAUCGUCAAAGACAUCGAGAGCAGCGAUGGCGUGGGCGGCGGCGGCGGGUUGGCCCGGCUGUCCCGGGACCGCGCCCUCUUCUCCGAGGUGCCGGUCACCUCCGAGGUCCACUGCCUGAACGUGGGCCUGAGCCGCAUCGCCCUCACCGCCUCGUCCUGCUUCAGCACGCUGCGACCACGGCGACGCAAGACCCGAACGCCGGUGCAGGAAAACCCCGAUGACGUUCUGUGAGCGGCGGAGGUCGACAGAUCUGGAGAUUAAAGACAGAAGAUGGAGGGACGAUGUGUGAAGACGAGAGACUCACAUGAGAUCAACUUUUAAUCAUUUUGACGUUUUGAUUUCAUGAAAAACUGAGUUCAACUUUUACUUUCUGGGAUCCUGAUGAAAUAAUCUGAAAGAGAGAAGUCCUGGUGGACGAAGACAAAACUGGACUGGAAGUCGAUGGAUUGGUGAACAGUUUGUGCCACAUUGAUCAAGAAUUAAUAAUCAAAUUUAUCGAAAACAAGACAAGUUGAUGUGAAAUCAGAAAAACGCUGUUAGAUAAUAACAAAUUAUUAGAUAUAAAAAUGCACUUUUCUCAACAACAUUCAUUUAAAAUAAGAUUAUUGAUGGUGAAAUCCUGAUCGCAGUGAUUUCUGGUAGACUUUGGUUGUAUUGAGAUCAUUUAAUAACCAUAUAAAGGUUAAAUAUGGAAGUGGAUGUCGCACUGAAACCGUCUUUAGUCUUUCCAACAAUCACCAGAUUAACCCUUUACAGCCACUGGGAUCAGAUUUAAACUCACAUUUCAAACCUCACAUUGUUGAUUUUCUGCACCUGUGAGUUCAGAUGAGGUGUGUUUGUUUUGUUUGCGGGUGCGUUCGGCACAGUUUGACAUUUUCCUGCAGGAUUUCUGGAGGAUCAGUAAAAAGGAAACCAGUUCUCUGGACUGAAGUGCAUUAUGGGACGCAGACAGCAUACAGGAGGACUGAACCACACGAAGAUCCUUCUUAUAAAAGAGGAGUUUUAGUUUAUAAUCCCAGAGGCUUUGUGGGAGUUGUAGUUUUAUUGUUGCACAUUAUAGAAGACUGUUAAUCAAAGGUACUAGACGAUGCUCUGUGUAUUUAAAGCAGUGAUUAUAACUCCAGCUCUUUGGUGUGAUGAUGUUAAUAAACAGAAAUAUUAUUUUUUGCUGAUUUAAACUGUUUUUCGACGCAGAGAAAUAAAAAGGGAGGGCUCACUCUGCUUAUAUUUGAGGGACAGAACUACAGAUUUCAAUUCCCUCAGUUCCACAUUUAACGUUUUUAUGUUUUUCUAAAUUCCUGCUGAUCAUUUUUUCUGAAAACAAUCUGAAACAUACAGAAAAUAUAACGGUGUAGUUACACAAUCUGCCCACCGGAGGGCAGCGUCCACACAUCCUCAGACAUUCUUCUUCUACUCAGUUUGCCGCUGUAAAUGUGGACAUAUGAAAUGAAUCUUUCUGUACAGCGAUCAAUAAAACCGAUAUAAGUUC